UGCCCCGUCGACAAGGAGGAGCUCGGGCGCGGAACUUGGGCUCUGCUGCACACGAUGGCCGCGUACUACCCCGACAAGCCCGACGCCCUGCGCAAGGUGCAGGCUCGGCGGUUCUUCGACGCCCUCGGGGACCUCUACCCGUGCACGCACUGCGCCGACGACUUCAGGGUGGACAAGGCUCGGAAUCCACCGAGGGUGGAGAGUCGACGCGCGCUGAGCGUGUGGCUGUGCGAGCGGCACAACGAGGUGAACGAGAAGCUCGGGAAGGAAAAGCACAGCUGCGCCAUCGCGGACCUGGACGAGCGGUGGCUCAAGGGA